CCCCCUGCUCUCGGUGGUACCGAUGCGGAAGAGAACGGCGGCAGCGGGGAAUGACGAUGAGCCUCCUGCCUUCAGUAGGGGAUGGGAACUGCUAUUACAUCCUGACAGAAGACUGUGCCUAUGGCAGCAAGUACUUCCAAGCUGGGAACAUGUGCUUCUGCACCGAGAGGAGCUACCUGCGCAACUUUGCCGACGUGCCCCCAGCUCGUUUCUUGAGAGUCAUCAUGCUGGAUGACAGCUCCACUGUCACCAUCAAUGUGGGAAUCCUGCAGCCUGUGCGUGAGGAAAUGGCCGCCUUCCUCCUGAGCAUCAGCAGCCACAAUGAGCGCUUGAACUGCUUCCUGGAGAGGAUGAGCCUUGAGGCAGCUGUGCAAGCCGUGCCAGGCCAGAGAGUGAUGGUGGAGGUCGACAGGCAACAUUUCCCCGGUGUCAUCCGCUACGUUGGGAGCAUUCAGAAAAGUACUUUGACUGCGUUGUCCCCAUUCUUCUUUGGAGUGGAGCUGCAGGGUGAGGGUGAAAACAGAGGGCACAGCGAUGGAUCCUAUCUUGGCACUGAGUAUUUCAAGUGUAAGCCGAAUUGCGGGAUCUUCCUGCCCUUCAGCAGAAUCCAAUUCAUUCCCACGCUGGAUAAUGACCAUGGGAAGCAGAAGCCAAAGGUGGAUGCAGAGGAAGUGGUUCCUGUGAAAGUGGGAGAUGCUGUGAGCUUCUACGUGGACAAUGUCCGCAGAAAAGGAAUAGCAAUGGCAGUUUACAGGGAGGGAACCCAAUGGUUCGUUAAAGUUUGCCCGGAAGAAGAAGGAACAACUGACAUUUUCAGAGAAAUCCCUAUGGACGCUGUUGUGAAGGAAGACUUGCAUUCCCAAAGUUUAUUUCCACCGUUUGAGUCUGACAUGGGAGUAGAACACUCAAAACAAAUAAAACAACAGAUAGGUGAGAGUGGAGAUGAGUGUGAAGGCGUGAACCCAUCCCUGGAGGUGAACUCCAUGGUCCAGAUCACCUUGGACAAAGGAAACCAAGUGUCAGGAAUCAUCCGCUGGUUGGGGUACCUGCCCCACACCAAGCACAAAAUGGCAGGAGUUGAACUGGAUGAAGAUAAAGGGGUCACUGCUGGCGAGUGGCUGGGUAAAUACUAUUUCCACUGUGCUCCCAAGCGUGGCAUCUUUGUGAAGCUGCAGUCCUGCCAGCCUGAUGUUCGCUUCCAGUGCUCGCGCAACCGUGACCUGAACCUCGUAGACUAUAGAGAGCAGGAAGAUGUUCCCCACGCUCCGCUCAGUUUUCCUCCUCUAAGAAACGAGGAAGCGGUGCACAUCCUACGAGGACGGAUGAAGGGGAUCCAGGGCCACUGCAAUUCCUGCUACAUGGAUGCAGCACUCUUUAGCCUCUUCUCCUGUACAUCCGUGCUGGACUCCAUGCUCUUCACACCCUUCCCAUUGUGUGAUAGGAAUGUCCAGAACAUUCUGCGGGAUGAGAUCGUGAACCCGCUCCGAAAGAAUGGCUUUGUAAUGGCUAGGAGUGUGAUGCACCUGAGGGAGCAGCUAACUGAGAAGGGACAAUGCUCAAGCUUUACCAAUGCAGAGAAAGAUCCGGAGGAGUUCCUGAACCUCAUAAUGCAUCAAGUCCUGGGAAUAGAGCCACUCUUGAGACUGCAGUCAGGAGCCCAGAAGGAGCAGGACUGCUAUUGCUACCAAAUAUUUAUGGACAAACAGGAGGACCUAGUGGUUCCUGAUGUGCAGCAGUUGGUGGAACACUCCUUCCUGUCUUCAGAUCUGAAGCUAGUGGAGAUCCCAUCUUGCUUCAUUAUCCAAAUGCCACGGUUUGGGAAGGAAUAUAAAAUGUUCAGCAAGAUCAUCCCUUCCUUAGAGUUGGAUAUCACCGAUCUGCUGCUGGACAGUCCCAGAGAGUGCUGUGUGUGCAGUGACGUUGCCACCUGGGAGUGUUCAAAUUGUUUCAAAGACAAAAUGUUCUCACCUACGGGUCUGAAGCAAUUCUGCAGCACCUGCUCCAAACAGGUUCACUCCCACUACCGACGCAAAACGCACAAGCCAACCAGGCUGCGCGUCCCAGAAGAAUUUCGUAGCCGGAGCUCCCGGGGCAGCCAGCAGGUUCCCCGUGAGAAGAUGGAGCUCUUUGCAGUGCUGUGCAUUGAGACCAGCCACUACGUCUCCUUCGUGAAAUAUGGCCCUGAGAAUGAGCACUGGAUGUUCUUUGACAGCAUGGCUGACAGACAUGGUGGUGAGAAUGGCUUCAACAUCCCCACCGUAACACUGUGCCCUGAAGUUGCCAAAUAUCUGGACUUGCCACUGGCCAUGCUGGCCCUGCAGCAGCCCCGAGACAUGGAUGGAGUGGCCAAACGCCUCUUCUGUGAUGCCUACAUGUACAUGUACCAGAGCAAGAAGAUGGCACUGUAUAAGUGAUGCUGCCUUGUGUUGGUACUGCAGAGCAGGACGGUAUCAGAAAUGCGAGCUUGGACUCAUUAGCACUGAAAGCAGCUAAAUCUAGUGCACUGAACGCACACCUCUGCCUCUUCUUACCUGUUACAAGUGUCUGGUAUUGAGCUGUAUGAGCCUCUCUGGGUUGGUAAAUCCAGUGCCAGAUUUCAUCCAGCAAUAGUUUGUACUUCCUGCAGAGCUGCACACUGAAUUCUUUACAUUCAAAUUCAUUAUUUCCAACUUUCCCUUAACCCACCUUCCUCCCUAUAUGGUACUCUGCAGCUCUGCUCUACCUCAGAGUCCUGUUCAACAUCCUUUCCUUCUUCCAACACCGAGGACCAGCAUCUCUUAAUGGAAACAUGAACCCUUCGUGUUCGCAAAGGGCACUGGAAAAUCACAGCUCUGCCCUGUGUAGCACUUCCCCAUAUGGACUCGAAGAGUGAGAAAAGCACUAUGUAGUUGAGAUGUCUCAGGAAAAUAGCUUUUCUUGAGGUCUGGGAUCUGAUCCCACACCUAAAGCUGAGCCUCUGAAUUGUCUUCACUUCCCUUAUCCAGAACUAAUAUCUAUGGCACUUUCACCCACCAUCCACCUGAGGUUAAUUAGAUAUCUUGAGCUGCAAAUACACUUUAAAAAGUGGUUAUCUUUGUAGGAACAAAUUUGGGAAAAUUACAGGGCAGGGGAACAGGAGGUGGGCAUGAGACUCCAAUGUGCUGUCAUCCUGUGAGAUCUACAGGAUGUGAGGUGUCGUAACCUCGCUUCCAGCACUUGCUGUCCCAUCCACUUCUGAGAUCUGCACCAAAGAACAGGAACAGAAUUUCAAGGGCAAAAAUGGAAGAAUGAGCACUUUUUUUUCCCUUUUUUUUUCUUUGCCAUGACAGCAGGAGGGGUUUAUGUGUGGGAACAGGUAUUCUUUAAGUUAAAUAAUGUACAUUUGCAAAUUGUGGGUUGUCUGCCGUUAAGGACGUGCUGUCAUGGCAGCAGGAAGCUGUUUUGGGAUUCUGUGCUGUGAGUCGUUUUACUCAGGUUCUGGAUGGCACAGAAACCCCAGAGGAAUACAUCCGAGAGCCACAGCCACAACCUCCUUCCUGCCCUAUUUUCCUCUUUAACACAGGGUGUAGUGAUUGCAAUUUUGUCCCAUGGCCCCUUUGGCUUGGGCCACAUAGUGGUUUGGUGGGGAUUGGGUUCUUUUCUUUUUUUGCUUAAAGAAGGGUUAUGAUGCUCAGUGGAACCUCCACAUCUUGACAACUCGUAUCGGCUUUCCACUACAUCCCUUACGACUGUAUGUGGUCGCUGCAAAGGGUGGGUGGAGGCUUCAAGGGAUGGAUGGAGUGUAAUGAGCCCAUUGAUAAUAUACAUUGUGUUGAGAACACUGCUGUCGAAUUCAGCUCCCAAACACUGCACUGAAGCCUCGGUGCUGAGUUGCUCAGAGUUUUCAAUAGCCAGAUUUGCUGCUCCAGUCUUUUGGGCCUGGAGUUUGCCUUUGCUGAGCAAUUGGACCUCGAGAGGUCAACCAUGAGCCAGUUCUGGGCCCCAUGGUAUAAGAAGAGACAGGGACAGACUGGAAAGAGUCCAGUGGAAGGCCACAGAGAUGCUGUAGGACUUGGAGCACCUCCCUUAUAAGAGUGUGAGAGCCUGGAGCAGAGGAGGCUCAGGGGAUCCUAUCCAUGGCCAUAAAUCCCUGUAGGGUGCUGUAAAGUGGAUGGAGCCGGUGGUGCCCAGCACCAGGCCAAGAGAGAUUGAGAUCCACUGGAACCGAGGAGCUUGCUGUGUCCAUCAGGAAGCACUGCUGUGGCAGAAUGUUGGUACCAGUGGCUGAGAGUUGUGGAGUCUCCUUGAAGUUCUUCAUAAUCCCACAGAUAUAACCCUGGGGAACCUGCUCCAGGUGUCUGUCUGAGCAGAGGUUGGACCAGAUGACAUCAAGAGGUGCCUUCCAAUCUCAACAGCCAUUGGGUGAGCUAACAUUCGUAUUAGAGAGCCACAGCCACCGAUGCACAAUAGAGAAGAAAGAUCUAUCCAGUUUUUUUGAGCCUUAAUGCACCCAGCAUGGAUGCCUGAUACCAAAGCAGUGUGAAGACUCUCACGAGUAGAAAAGAUGGUGAUAGAUGUAUCAGCAGAACACUCCAAGGAACUUGAGAUCUGAUGACUGAUUCCACUGGCUCUCCUCUGUGGCCAUGGAGAGGUGGUGAUGGGAUGGAGCAUGCUGCUGUCUCACUGUCUUAUCUGUUUAAUGUUACUCUUUGUUAUCAUGUAAGAACUCAAGGCGAUCUCUUCUCAGAAGCACUGUGGACGAAGUUUAAUAACAAGUGUUUUCUCCUCUCUGGAAGUGAUGAGAUACAGUGCCUUACAACCCCACAGGCCCAGCAGUGAGCGCCAUCAUCUUGACUGUUUUUUUAAGUGGGACACAAUCAGACUGUGUUGUAGUUUUUCUUCUCUUUUUUUUUUUCUUUCCAUGAACAAGUGCUGCAAAGAUCUAAAAAAUGGAGGAAGAAAAAACACACACACACAAAAAAAGCCACCACCAUAAAUACAACAUCUCUUAUCCAAA